AUGGCCAAAAAGGCAAAGUCUGUUCUUUUCUCUUCUCCUAAAUCACUCCUUUCUUCUCUUUCUUUCACUUCUCUCCCGGCUUCUCCUAUCAACAAGACCUUUUCUCAGUCGAUGAUGGAGGAAACAGUCGUAGCCGCGGAAUCAAUCAUCAAGAAAUGGGAUCCGAACUCAGCCUCCUACACAAAGAUCAUCUCUCUGUUCAGUCACAGCAGAAAAGAGGCCAAAGAGUUCAUCAGAUGCGUCCGUGACUUACGCAGAGCCAUGCACGUUCUUGUCUCUCAACAAAACUCUCAAUCCGCCAAGCUCGCGCUUGCACAGAGCCUGAUGCAAAUCUGUAUGUCCAGGCUCGAGAAGGAGUUCUUCCAGAUACUUUCUUCUAACCGAGACCAGCUUGAUCCUGAAUCAGUCUCUGCUCAUUCCUCAAUUUCAAGCAACUCAGAAUUCGAAGAUGUUAUGCAAUCUGAUGAUGACGACGACGAAGAAGAUGAGCUGAAGAAGGCGGGUGAGUCGAUCACUCAGGUCGAGAAAGCCUCGGCUCUGGUGAUGUCGGACUUAAAGAUCAUAGCAGAGACUAUGAUCAGCUGUGGUUAUGGCAAAGAGUGCAUAAAGAGCUACAAGCUGAUCAGAAAGUCGAUUGUUGAUGAAGGUCUACACUUGCUCGGGGUCGAAAAGUGCAAGAUCUCACGGUUCAGCAGAACGGAUUGGGGAGUGCUCGAGCCUAUGAUCAAGAACUGGAUCAAAGCUGCAAAGAUUGGAGUCACAACACUCUUCCGAGGAGAGAAGCUUCUCUGUGAUCACGUCUUCUCUGCUUCGAGCACGUUAAGAGAGUCUUGCUUUUACGAGAUAGCCAACGAAGCAGGACUCAGUCUUUUCAGUUUACCGGAGCUCGUCGCCAGCAAGGAGAAGAAGCCACAGCCCGAGAGGAUCUUCAAGCUGAUGGAUCUCUAUGCGGCAAUCUCUGAGCUUUGGCCAGACAUAGAACUGAUAUUCCACUUUGAUUCAGUAGCUGCUGUCAAAACUCUGGCGCUCUCGUCGAUGAAGAGACUCAAGGACUCAAUCCACACUUGUCUCACUGAAUUCGAGUCGACGAUACAGAGGGAUUCUUCGAAAGCACUUACUCCAGGAGGAGGGAUUCACAAGCUGACUCGGACAACGAUGAGUUUCAUAUCAUCGCUGUCUGAAUACAGCCGUGUGUUGUCCGAGAUCCUCGCAGAGCAUCCGCUUCAGAGAAACACACGUCUGCUAGAAACUUAUUUCACGGCUCCGAUCUUGGAAGACGAACACACCAACAACCACGCGAUCUCUGUCCAUCUAGCUUGGCUCGUCCUUGUUUUCCUCUGCAAACUAGACAUCAAAGCAGAGAGUUACAAGGAUGUCUCUCUCUCUUACCUCUUCCUCGUCAACAACACUCAGUUCGUGGUUGACACGGUUCGUUCAACUCACCUCAGGAACCUCCUCGGAGACGACUGGCUCACCAAACACGAAGCGAAACUCAGAAGCUACGCUGCAAACUACGAGAUCGCAGCUUGGACCAAUGUUUUCUUAACUUUACCGGCAAAAACCAACACUACAGUAUCACCGGAGGAGGCUAAAACACAUUUCAGGAGAUUUCACUCUGCGUUCGAAGAAGCGUACAUGAAACAGUCGUCGUGUGUUAUUCUGGAUGCGAAACUUAGGGACGAGUUUAAGGUUUCCAUAGCAAAGAAACUUGUACCUGAAUACAGAGAGUUUUACGAGAAGUACUCGCCAACGCUGAGACAGGAGAGGAACAUAGAGAUGCUGGUGAGGUUUAAGCCUGAUAACUUGGGGAACUAUCUCUCAGAUCUGUUCCAUGGAACACCAAUACUUAGUGGCUCUUCUUCUUCUUCUUCUUACAUGUCUUCUUCAUCUUGUAUCUCACUUGGAUGUGUAAGAAACUAA